AUGGAUUGGAGCCAUCUUGUUUCAUUGCUGCCCUCUGAACCUGCUGCUAAGAUUGGGCGUUUGGGGCUGUCCGAUGUUGUGGAUGUUGCUUUCUAUUGGCGAUCAUUGGAUGAAGCGAUCAUUGAUCUUGCUCCUCAGGAUGACGAUGAAGCCUGUGCUUGUGAAAUGUUUUACAGGCGGUGCCGACAGGCUAGUCAGCGCGAGCAAGGCUUGCGUGCAGGUGAGAUCACUUUGGAUCGCCAAUCCAUGUUUGCCAAGAGGCCCUCCUCCGCUCCGAGUGAUGCGGCUGGUGUUCGCUCUGCUAAAGCCCCACGUCUUUUGUGGAGUACUUUGCCUGCGGGAUCUGUCGCGAACGUCCCAACAUUGACAAGCCCUAAGUCAGCCGCUAAGCCAGUUGAUGAGGUGCGAGCUCGGAAGGUAGCAGAGUUUUUCUUGACUCUGCGGACAUCAGUACUGGACCUGCGCCAGCUCGGGUUUGAUCGAGUCAAUUGGGAUGAUUUGAAUCAAGCAGGCCAAGCAAGGGCUAUGAUUAUGAAGGCGACUGAGCAUCCAUCCUUGUCCCGCCUGAACACUCUGCAUAGAUGCCUCCGGCGUUGGUUGCAGUAUUCUACAAGUCAGGGGAUUCCGGCCUUCAACCCUGCACCGGCUCACUUCGCUGCUUUCCUGCAGGGUGUUUCUGAAGGUGGGCCUACGGCUGCUUGUAGUGUGUACCAGGCUUUGCGCUGGAUCGUGUUGAACAUGGGUGCUUGCUUGCCCACGGAGCACAUUCUGAUCCGGCCAUUCCGACUCCAUUCACCGGGGCAUGUUAGUCGUCAGGCUGAGGAGCUUCAGCCUUGGGAGUUCUUGAACAUCCUCGAGGUCACUCGCGAGCUUCAGGGCUCUCCGCGCAUCCUGGCGUGCCUGGUGAUCAUGAGCGCUGUAUCUUGUAUUCGUUUUGCCCACUUGCAGAGAUCAACUUUUGUUCGGGCUACCCCUGAUUUUUUGGAGUUUCUCUGUAGGAAGGGUAAGAGUAGGCGGCAGGGAAGUCGGCAGCCUUACAGUUGGGCCAUGCCCAAAGUUGUGUGGGGUGAUCUCGAUGUGAACGAGAUCCUUCGAGAUUUCUUCACGAGCUCGCUGCCGGGCUCGGCCGGUUUCCUCCUUCCUGCUCUCGCGCUUCAGUGUGAAGAUUUGUGGCAGAUUCAUGAUCUUACUGCUUUUCGCAUUGAUCGCAAGAUGAGCAGAUCUCGGUUUCUUGAGCUGUUCCGGGGGUUGCUUAUUCGUGCCGGGCUCCCAUUCGAGAAGGCGUCUCGUGCAGGCUACAAUCGUCUGAGACGCUUCCUGCCAACUGGGGCUAAGGUGUGUGCCUUGUCACCACAUGAAGCCCAGGCUGUGGGAUCCUGGGUAGAGCUUCCUGAAGGGGCUUUGUCAUCUGGGAGUUCUGUGCCUCGCCCGAAGAAACUCAUGUCGGACCAUUACGCUGGUGAGAAGGUUUCCUCCAGUGCUGCGAUCAAGCUGCGGAUUUUGCGGGCGGUGUUCCGUACAGUCCAGGCUAAGAGAAUCCAGUUGGUCAUGACAGACAAGCUGCUCCAGCCGGGUUGCAUCUUGUGGGAGCACAUACAACCGUCUGCAGCUUUGCCAUCUUCCCCCUCAGGUGGUGCCUCUGUCCCGAAGUCCCCGAGGUCAGGAUCUUCCGACAGCAGCUCCGAUGAGGGCUCAUCUGACACAUCCGUGGCUUCCUCGUGCUGCUCCUCAAAUCAACUCGUCAAUGCGGGCGAUGCCGAUGAGAUCGAGUGGUUCAGCCAGAGGGCUCGGCGCCACGUUGUCCGGGAGAUUGUGGAUGGUCGCUUGGUUCCGUGGUGCCGUGAGGAGGCUUUCAGACAAGAUCCGGUGGCAAAGGGAGUUGGCCUGUCUCAGAGGGGAUCCCCAUUUUGCCAUAAGUGCCUUGCCCGCAUGCCAGAAGCGCUGCGGAGGUGCAUCCUGGAAGUGUGA